CUCACCUCCCACCUCCCACCUCCCACGCACACUCGACGCUUCCCACUCUGCCGCCGUCAUGGCACGAACAUACAGCAGCUGUCUGCCUGUCGUGGCUCUGCUUGUCAUCCUCUACGCAGGCCAGGCACACGCUUUCGGCGCGGGAAACAUUGGCAGCACGUCGAAGAUCGAAGGGCAGAACUGGCGACAUGGCGACAUCGAGGACACCCUCCUCACCUUGCUCACUGCUCGAGCAAUGGGAGGCAAAAAAUUCUCCAAGCUCGACGUCAAGCGGACAUACUUUGGCAAUUGGUUGCGUGACUACAGCCAGGCUGUCGAUGUGGGAACUGUCAAGUACGUCUCAGCAGAGGCCAUCCGUCUCCUGCUCUGGAUCCUUGGCUUCAUGACCUUUGGCUUUGGUACGGGCGAGUUCGAGGUCACGAAAGACCGUCUGGGCUGUUACCGACCAGAAGAGCACAUUGACAAUCCAAAGGACUAUGCGGACAACCUAGAUGCCAGAGACUACGAUCCACGUCUGCGUGGCCCGAUCGACGAGCGUCGCGAGUUGGCCAUAGAUGAGCGAACUGGCUUGAAAAAUUACAUUGCCUCCGAGGAUAUGGGCAUCACUACCUCUUCUGCCAUGGUUCGUCAGCUAUUGACGCGUUGCAUCGAGCUCGGACGAGAGUACAAGCGAAGCAAUGACAAGAAAGACUUUUACGAAGCGCUUCGACUCUUAGGUACCGCAUGCCAUUGCAUGGAAGAUUACUCUGCUCACAGCAACUAUACCGAAUUGGCGUUGAUCGAGAUGGGUGAGCGCGACAUCUUCCCUCACGUUGGUCGUCGUACCCAGAUUGAGCUUCAGGGCGCUCGCAGCGGCUCAGUCUAUCCAAUCAUCACAGGCACAUUCGGUGGUACCGAUUUCUUGCAUAGUGUCAUGGGAGAAUUCACAGACAAAUCUACGCAAUUUGAGUUGGACGAGCUGGAGAAUACCAUGCAGCAGGCGCAAACCGCCGAUACGAGCCUUCUGAAAGAUCUACUGGACAAGCUGCCACCUGGACUGUUCGGUGAUGCUGAUCAAAAGGGCAAGGCUGACGCACUUCAAGCCAACGCUCAAGCCGCUCAGCUGGAGAACAUGCAUAUCUCACCAAAGGAUCCAGAGGAAUUCACCCAACAGAUGGAAGAAAUCACCAAGCAGAUCUACCCACUUUUUGAGUUCCAUGACCAGAUUGUCAUGUCCAUUUCCGAAGCCAUCGACAAGAUCCCAGUUCUACCAGAAAUCAUCGAGCAGGUCCAGAACCAAGUCAGCAUCUUUGUCUUCUCGCUCAUGGCCCCCUUUGUCGUACCUGUGGUCAACCAGAUCAAGCAGGAGCUCAAGACUGGUUCCAGCGAGAUCAUCCAAUCUAGCAAAGCCCAGCAGCUGAAUGUGUUCGAGGACGACAACUGCUCUGACCCCACCCAUAGCAUGUUGAGCAAAGAUCACUUCUCCAAUGUGCUCAACGAGCCUGCUGGAAAGGUCGCUAGCGCAGUGCUGCGGUGGGUCGUGCCGCAAGUGGUAGCCUGCUGGGACGACGAUGACAUUGAUGUUCGCCGCACGAACGAUCGUAUCGUGAAUGGCAUCUUCCACCACCCAGCUCUGCGCGAAUAUGGCGAAGACGGCGCCGUCGACGGUCGGCGUGCCAUGUUCGAGACUGUCCAGCGAUGGUGGGACGAGCAGAGCGAGCGCGAGAAGGAUGAUCUGCGCGAGAAGCUUUCCCGCGAUGGUGUCGAGCAAGGACGUAAUCACAAGGAGGGCGUGCACGAUGGUGGCCACGGAUGUGGUAAGCCUCUUGGCUUCCCUAGCAUGCAGACAUCUCAGAGCUCGGGGGCGAUGAGCGGCAUGCUUGGUGCAUUAGGCGAUGCGGCUCAGCAGAGUCAAACUGGCUUCCAUGGCAGGCAGUCCAACGAGCAAGCCAACCAGAUCGGUGACUCGGUCGGCGAAGCUGUCGGUGGCGGUGUGCUCGGAUCUGUAGUUGGUGGACUGGCAGGUGCAGUCGGAGCUGGCCUGCUUGGUGGUGCUUUCGGCUCAGAUAAGAAGGCGGAGACCAGUAGAUACGAAAGCAGUGGCUUCAACGACGACAACUCAUAUACUUCGAGGAUCACCGAGACUGGUCACCGGCCUUCCGCCGGCUACGGUAGCGGUAGACAGGAAGAGCGUUACGGACAGGCAUCGGUCGAGCAGACGCAGUACCAGAGUGGCGGCUACGAAGAGAAGUAUCAGCGCUACGAACAAGACGGACGUCAAGGUGAGACUGGAUAUGGCUACGAGCAGCGGAGGGAGGUGCGACCUUCUCAUGACGGUGGCUAUGAAGAGCAUACCGAGCGUCGCUUCGAGCAGCCAGGUGGUGGCUAUCAGCAAGAGAUCCAGCACCAGCGUGUGACUAGCGACGGCCGCUCCUACCAGCACCAGGAGACUCGAUACGGCAACAAGAAGGAUGACAGCGAUGAUGACGAUGACGACGAUGACGAUGACGAUGAUGAUUGGGAGAAGAAGCAGAGGAAACAACGUAAGAAGGAAGAGAAGCGUCGCAAGAAAGAACAGAAGGAGCGCGAGGAGCAAGACGGGUACCGGGAUGAUGAACGUCGACGCUCUGGAAGCCGCAAGCGCGACUCAAACGAGUACAACAGGCGCAGCGGUGAUGGAUACCAACGGCGCGAAGAGUACAACCAACAGUCCUCAAGCAGCUUCUCUCGCCAAGAAGACAGCUCUGAGAGGCGCUACGAGUCGCAAGAGUCAAGCUUCGGGAGAGGUGAGUACGGUCGUCAGCAGCCCAGCUACGGCGGUGAUUCCUACGGAGGUGGAGAGUACGGCCAGCGGCCACAGCGCGAGGAAUAUGGUGGCGGUCAACGCGAAGAGUUCGGUGGUGGCGGCGAAUAUGGAGGUAGACGGCGUGACGAUGAUGAGUAUGGACGACGCGAUGAGAUGCCUGGCGGCUAUGGAGGUGACCGGGGCUAUGGAGGUGGCCAAGGCUAUGAAGGUGAUGAAGAGCGCCGUCGCUGGUAGACUGCCAGAUGAGUCUCACGUGGCAGAUGGUUCUCAGCAUGCAGCAAACUGCCUCUGCUCCUCGUAGCUGCAUAGUCUACCUAGAUGAUAUCGAGCGACACGCAUGAGAAAUGAGAACCAAAUGGUCCCCGAAGGCCGU